UUGAGAAGAAGUAAUAUCGUCUAUGCGUGAAUACUCGCAAAUGAUUGGCUAGCAAUUUCUCUUGGAGCUUCAUUCUCGCUCUGAAAACGCCAAAUACGCUUUCAAACCAAAAUGGAGGAUUUGUCGGUCGAGGUGUACGGUGAAAAUGGUGCUUACUAUAAGGCCAUUGUCACCGACGUGCUCGACAACGAGGUCCUUGUAGCUUUCGAAAAUGAUUGGCAGCCGGAAUCUAAGUUUUUGUUCUCUCAAGUGUUCCUACCACCUAAGGAUUCUGGCAAACACACAGAUUUUGUGGAGAAUCAAGAGGUCGAAGUAUUCGCGAGGUCAAAUGAAAAGGAAGCAUGUGGGUGGUGGACAGCAAAUAUUAAGAUGAUCAGAGGCGAGUUCCUAGUGAUCGAAUACCUCGAGUGGGACAACUGUUACACUGAGAUCGUGCCCAAGGACCGGCUGAGGGUCAAGACGCCGAAGACGCCCAUAGAUAAAAACACCUUCCACAAGUUCGAAAUCACAGUUCCCGAUGAUCUCAAGGACUACGUUCACGACAUCCACAGCGCGAAGGUGGAGAACGCUCACAAGGAGUUCCAGAAGGCCAUCGGAGCCGCGCUCGUGUGGUUCGUGCCCGAGAGGGGCGCGCUGGCCGUCAUCUCGCGCUGCGACACCUCGCAGAGGAGGGCGCAGAUGCUGCAGGAGAUGCACUUCAGGAACCUAACGCAAAAGCUGCUACUACUUAAAAAGACUGAAGAGGCCGCGAGACAGCUAGAAUCCACUAAAAUACACAAUCAGGGCGGAUACACGGACGAGUUCAGUGUGCGGGAGGAGCUCAUGGGACUCGCCAUCGGCACACACGGCGCGAAUAUACAGCAAGCGAGGAAGGUGGCCGGCAUCACCAACAUCGAGCUCGAGGAGAUUUCCUGCACCUUCAAGAUAUGCGGGGAGUCACUGGAGGCGGUGCGUGCGGCGCGCUGCCUGCUGGAGUACGCGGAGGAGUCCAUAAAGGUGCCGCGCGCGCUAGUCGGGAAGGUCAUCGGCAAGAACGGGAAGGUCAUCCAGGAGAUCGUGGACAAGAGCGGCGUGGUACGCGUCAAGGUGGAGGGCGACAAUGAGCCGCAGCCGUCCGCGCCGCGGGAGGAGGGCAUGGUGCCCUUCGUGUUUGUCGGCACCAGGGAAAACAUCGCCAACGCCAAGGUUCUGGUCGAGUAUCACGUGGCACACCUCAAGGAGGUGGAACAGCUCCGCGCGGAGAAGUUGGAAAUAGAUCAGCAGCUGCGGAUGGUCACGGGCGGAGUCGCAGGGGCGUACCCUCCGCCUCGGGGAGCCCCCGCCGCGCGGCCCAGGAGGCCCAGGCUACCGCACACGAGAUACCCCGCGGGUGGCCGCCGCACUACUCCUGAACUGGGGGACGAGCGUGGAGAUGCACAACGGACGAGGACACGACCGCACAGACCCAACAGGUCGAGCGAACGUCGCGGGGAGGAGCGCCGCGUGCCGCUGGAGAACGGCCGGGCGCACGGACGGCCGCCGCGGGACAACAGGGACAACAGGGACGUGAGUGGUCGGCGGCGCGCCGGAGACGACGGGCCAGCUCCAGACGGACACGACGCCUCCACCGACCGGGAGUCAGCGUCCGGGGAGGAGACCACCGGCCAGGGGGGGGAGCAGCGCGCGCGGGGGGCGCGGAGGAGGAGAGGAGGCGGGUGGAAGAAUGGCGUGGGCGGCGCGGGCGCGGGUGCAGGGGGAGCGACGCCGGCGGCGGGCACGACGGGCGCGGGCCCAGGCGGCGCCGCCAAGGCCCGCCGCGAGCCCGCCAAGCCCAAGGCCGAGCCGCUGCUGAACGGCACCGCGUAGUGCGGCCCCACUCACUCGUAUUAUGCUUUCGUAAGAGAUUCGUGAUUUGUAUUCCUGAUUAUUCGAUAUACGACACAGAGCGACGCGCGCCCCGCCUCGCCUCGGGAGUCGGGUACUGUGAUACAUUAUUGCCGGGACAUCACUUCCCACACGUACGACCGCUUCACGUCCCCGUCGUGGACUCACUCGGCUCUACCGGGCGGCGCCGCAGCGGCGGGCGCGGACAGGCCGGGGCCUGCGCCGACGCCGCUGGGGCGCCGCUCUUCUUACAUUGUAAUCCAUGUUAGGUACGAAUUGUAAAUGCCAUUAGUGUAUUUUGAUAUGUUUCUACAGAUAUUUGUUUUGUUCAACGAUUCAACUGAUUUUGCGUGAUGUCGAGUUUUGGACGAUUUCGUAGGACGUUCGUAGUCGUAGGAACGGAAUACAACAGACAAACAAACGAGGUACAUCCGCGUGUACGUUAUAAGGUUGACUCUGAUUCAUUACUGACUUCGUUUUUCUUUUAUAUUUGUAAAAAAACAUUGUGUUUUGUUUUUUCUAUGAGUAGAAAUAUGUUGCCUUUAUUUAUUUCUCUUUACAUAUAAAAAACAUACUCUGAUUUGUCUAGAGCUAUUAUAUCUAAUAAACUUUGGAACUGA